CUUCGGCUGUCAGUUGGGGCUGGCCUCCCUCCCCUCCCCCCAGGCGUGGUCCUGCGGGCAACAGGCUCUGUGUUUCCUCCAGUUACAAACGUUUCCCUUAACCAAUAUGGAGGCGGGAGGAGGGCGGUACUGAGAACACAGGAAGCGGGGGGCAGGGGCAGCGGGGAAGUUAGGUGCUGCCAGCUCCGAGCUGGGCAACAGAGCAGGAGGAGCGUGGAAUUGAUUCUUCUUCCCAUCCACAGGUUAUUAAAGUUUGAAAAAGCACUCACAGCGUUGGGCUAUGGACAGCACAAAGACAAUUGUUAACACUUCUGAUGAUGAUGGAUUUCUGCUUAGAAUGGGCCUCAAUGAUAACAAGGCUGGAAUGCAAGGACUGGAUAAAGAGAAAAUCAAUAAAAUCAUAAUGGAGGCCACCAAGGGUUCUAGAUUUUAUGAAAAUGAGCUUAAGAAAGAUCAACAAGUUAACCAACGAAUUGAAAAAAUGAUGCAGCUAAAAGAUAAAAUUACCAGCCAACAGCUUCUGAAAGCACAACUACAGGCUGACAAACUUGCGCAGGAGCUAGAGCAGAGCCGUGAUCUCAGCUGUACUAUUGUACACAUUGACAUGGAUGCCUUUUAUGCAGCAGUAGAAAUGAGAGACAAUCCAGAGCUGAAGGAAAAACCCAUAGCAGUGGGAUCGAUGAGUAUGCUGUCCACUUCAAAUUAUCAUGCUAGGAGAUUUGGGGUGCGUGCAGCCAUGCCUGGAUUUAUUGCUAAGAAACUAUGCCCACAUCUUACUAUAGUGCCAUUAAACUUCAAAAAGUAUAAAGAAGUGAGUAAAGAGGUUAGAGAAAUACUGGCUGAAUAUGAUCCUAGUUUUAUGCCCAUUGGCCUAGAUGAAGCCUACUUGAACAUAACAGAGUACUUAGAGGAAAGACAGAACUGGCCUGAAGAUAAAAGAAAUUACUUCAUCGAAAGAGAAAACACUGCAAAAAAUGGUAAACAAGAUGUAACUGGACCUGAUGAACUAAAGUUGAAUGAAGAUGCACACUCAUCCUCACCAAUAUUGUUUGAAGAUAAUACUUCUAUAACAGAGGAACAGCCUGUUGCUACUUCCCACCUGUACACCAAAGAACAGAGAGAUCAAGUACUGUUGCUAAAUUCAGUGGUCUUUGGAACGUCAGCUGAAGAAGUUGUGAAGGAAAUUCGCUUUCGGAUUGAGCAAAAAACUGGAUUGACUGCCAGUGCAGGAAUUGCUCCAAAUAUGAUGUUAGCAAAAAUGUGCAGUGAUCAGAAUAAACCUAAUGGACAAUACAGAAUCUCCCCUGAUAGGCAAUCUAUAAUGGACUUCAUCAAAGAUUUGCCCAUUAGAAAGGUGCCUGGUAUAGGAAAAGUAACAGAGAAAAUGUUAAACGCUCUUGGAAUUCUGACUUGCACUGAACUUUACCAGCAGAGGGCACUGCUUUCUCUUCUUUUUUCAGAAACAUCUUGGCAUAAUUUCUUGGAUGUCUCACUUGGUUUUGGUUCAACGGAUUUGGAAAAGUAUGGAGAAAGAAAAAGUAUGAGCACUGAAAGGACAUUCACUGAAAUUAACACAGCAGAAGAACAAUACAGCUUAUGUCAAGAACUUUGCAGAGAUCUUGCUCAGGAUCUGCAGAAAGAAGGAGUUAAGGGUAAAACCGUUACCCUGAAACUGAAGAAUGUGAAUUUUGAAGUAAAAACAAGAGCUUCCACAGUGCUCACUGCUGUUUCCACUGAAGAAGAAAUAUUUGCUGUUGCUAAAGAUAUGCUAAGGACAGAAAUUGAUGGUGUUGCCCCUCACCCUUUGCGGCUAAGGCUUAUGGGUGUACGAGUAUCAGGGUUUCUAAAUGAAGAAGAAAAGAAAUACCAACAGAAGAGCAUUAUCAAUUUCUUAAAGCCAGGAAAACAAGCAAAUGCUUCUCUGCUUCAGCCAGGGAAAUCCAGCCAUGAACAUUUUACAAAAGCUUCAGAAACAUCUCACCGAGAGAGUUUUUUUGAUAAAAAGCGAGCUGCAAGGCAACAAAGCAACCAGGAACUUCUUAUAAAGAAACCUGCAAACAAGCAGAACUCUCAUGAUAUAAAGUCAUCAGUAAAUCCUGUGGAUGAAACAAAUGACACCAUAGGCUUAGCGAAUUUGAAUGAGUGUCAUAGCCUCACUUGCCCUGUUUGCUUUGAGGAGCAAAGAGACAGCGAUUUAGAGGCACUUAACAGACAUAUUGACAAGUGCCUCAAUGGGACAUUGGUAAAAGAUAAUGCAGAAAUAUCAACAAGUGAGAAUUCAUGGGAGAAUGCACAUCAUUUUUCUUCAGACAGUAAAAAGAAAACAUUUGAAAUGUGUCAAAAAAAUAAAAUGAACAAAUCAGUGGAUAGAGCACAGUCAACACAAGUAGCUGACAACUUUACUAGCAAUAGCACAGAAGCAUUCCCUGAAGUAGUAGCUAAUACUAGCAAGGAAAAAGAGCAUAGUCUGCUUAGUGAAGCUGCUAGCAACACGUACUUAGAACAGAAUUUUUCUUCCAAAAUCAUGUCAUUGGGAAGUGCAGAACACUUUGAAAAGUCUGAAUGUACACAAGAAACUCAGCCUUCCUACUCCUCUGGAGCCACCAGAGACAAUGUUCUGGUUUGUCCAGUUUGUAACAUGGGACAAAAAACAACUGACCUUUCAUUAUUCAACAGGCAUGUGGAUGUUUGCUUAAAUAAAGGCAUUAUCCAGGAGUUGACAGAGCAAAUACUUUGUCCAGUUAAGAGUCAAAUUAUGGAAAAUUCAAAAUCAGUUGUGUUACCACAUGAGAGAGAAUUUCAGCAUGCUGCUAAAAUGAACAAUUUGGAAACCAUGGAGAAGUUACUUAGGAAGAAUGUUAACAUUAAUGCUGUAAAUACACUGCGGCGCACAGCUCUCCAUUUUGCUGUUGCAGGAAAUCAUAUAUCUACUGUGGAUUUUCUUCUCCAUCACAAAGCGAGAGUGGAUAUUGCAGAUAAGCACGGGUUGAUGGCGAUUCAUCUUGCAGCUUGGUCUGGAAACCUAGACAUAAUGCGAACAUUAGUUAAAGCAGGUGCUGACCAAAAGGCUACUGACCAGGAGGGAAUGAAUGUCCUGCACUUUGCAGCUCUGAACAAUAACGUUGACAUAGUGGAUUAUCUUCUCCAGGAACUUCAGCUGAAGGACCUAAACAAGCCAAAUGAGAAAGGUAAAAGGGCAUUCCUUCUGGCAGCUGAAAAAGGCCAUGUUGAAAUGAUCUACAGUCUGAUUUCUCUCAAGCUGUUCACCUCUGAAAAAGAUAAGGAGGGAAACACAGCAGUGCAUCUAGCCGCUAAAAAUGGUCACGAUGAGGUGCUGGAAGUUCUGUUAAAUCAAUGGGAAGAAAUAAAUGAACUCAAUCAGAAUGGAGAAACACCAUUUUAUUUGGCUGUUGAAGGAGGUCAUGAAAAAUGUGCGGAGCUGCUACUGGAAGCAGGAAGUGACAUCAACAUUUCAAAUAAACACAAUAGUAAUGCUUUGCACAUUUCAACACAGAAUGGACAUACAUCCUUGGUCACGUUUCUUAUCAGUAAAAAUAUCAAUCUGGUUCCUAAACCUGAGCAGAAUUCCCCUCUCCAUUUGGCUGUCCUCAAUAAUCACCUUCCUAUAGUAAUAAGCCUCUUGGAUGCUAAUCAUGAUAUAAACGCCUUGAAUCAGAAGCAACAAACCCCUCUCCACGUGGCAGCUGAUCUUGGCAAUGUGGAACUAGUGGAACUGCUGCUAAAGGCAGGCUGUGACCUCAAGAUUGCCGACAAGCAAGGAAAAACUGCACUGGCUGUCGCAUCCAGGAGCAACCAUGCCCUCAUUGUUGAUAUGAUUAUUAAAGCAGAAAGGCAUUACACCUUGAAACAGGAACAUCUAGAAAACCGUGUUGAUGCACCAGAUUUUAUUCUAUCCUUCAAACAGGAUCACAGUGCACAGACUAAGCAAAUCCGUUCCUGCCUCUGGAAUCUGGCUUACAAUCAGUUAAGACCCCAAGAAUGGAAAAAGCUGGCCCUGUUCUGGAAGUUUACAGAGGAGCAAAUUAAAGCUAUUGAAGAACAGUGGACAGGAAAAAAAAGCUAUAAGGAACAUGGACACCGAAUGUUGCUCAUCUGGUUACAUGGUAUAUUGCUGGCUCACCAGAAUCCAGUCAAACAUAUAUAUGAAGAUUUGGUGCAUGUAGGAUUUCAACAAGUAGCUGAGAAAAUCAGAGCUGAAAGGAGCACUGAGAUGGAUUCAAGGAAAUGUGCAGUUUCAUGAACUUUUUAACAGAAGCUGUCAUAGGCUGUGGACUAUGUUCCAGAUGGAAAGUCAUUUGUAAAUACUCUUUCCAGAAAAGAUCUUACAAUAGAACCUCAGAGUUACAACACCUUGGGAAUGG